AUGUCCAGGGCAGUUGUCAACAAGCAAAAGGACUUUCCUAUUUUGCCGCGAAAAUCGCGCAUCCUUGGUGUGCAGCCAUUUGCUGAAGAGGGCUUGGGUCUCCAAGCUUUUGAGUUCGACUCUCGCUUCUGCGCCGGCCGCCGAGGGGCCACGUUGGCUGCGACUAGCGUCCGUACCGCCGAGCCGGCUGUUGGCCUCGCGUCUCGCUCCAGCUGCGCCCGGCUCACCGAAGUCCUGUCAUCGCGACAGGCAGCUCCAGCACCGGCGUCCCCACCGUCGCGGCAUCUGCACUUGGGCCGCCGAAAGCUCGCCACACGUUCUCGGCCGCAUUGCGCCGGUCGUCCAGAGAGGGAGCCACUUUUCCCGCCCAACUUCCCCACAGAUACCCUUUCUCGGUGGCCUUGGGCCUCCCGUCCGUUGGCCGUGGCGGAGCUGGCGCCGACAGGCGGCAUGACGCGCGUGGGCAACCAGACCAACAGCACGGACCCGGCAGCGGUCAACUCGCGCAUCUUCGUGGGCAACCUCAACACACACGUGGUCUCCAAGGAGGACGUAGAGCGGCUUUUCAAGCGCUACGGCCGCAUUAUCGGCAUCUCUAUGCACAAGGGCUACGCCUUCGUCCAGUACACUGACACCUACGACGCACGCAACGCGGUGCUCGGAGAAGACGGCCGCACCAUAGCCGGCCAGAUUCUCGCCUUCCAGUGCGGCGAUAACGACGUUCCGCUCGUCGUCUAA